AUGUUGUGCUUCGAAAUUAUAGCAAUUUUUUUAUCACUUAUAAUUUUUGGUUAUUUCAUUAAGAAUCGUCAAGCACGUUUAAAAAUAAAAAAUCACGGAUGGCUUGUUUUACUAAGUUCUAAUUUCAUUCAGCUGGUUUUUGAUUUACCAAUGCCAAUGAGUUAUUAUUACAUAGGAAGUGUUUGGCCUGUAUCAAAUAUAUAUUGUAUGUGGUGGAUCUGGAUUGAAUACUCACUGAAUAGCAUCGGCUUAUUUCUAAUGGCAUGGAUAUCAAUCGAACGAUAUAUACUUAUUUUCUAUCCGCAUGCAAUAUCUCAAUUAUCAUGGAAAAAAUGGGUAUUUCAUUUUUUACCGAUUAGUUUUUGUCUAAGUUGGGCGCCCAUCUUUUUCUUUGUGAUCGUUGUUAUUAGUCCACUAUGUGUCAAUGUAUGGGACUUUACUCUUCUUUAUUGUGGUAAUCCAUGUUAUUACACAGUAAAUAUUCUUGUUCAAUUUGAUUUUAGCUUUGACAUUGUUUUUCCGAUUACUAUCAUUAUGGUUGCGAAUAUGAUAUUAGUUAUUCGAGUGACUUAUCAAAAGAUAUCUCGAAGGCAAGCAAUAAAUUGGAGAAGUCAUCGGAAAAUGGUUUUGCAAUUAUGGAUUGUCUCAUCAUUCUAUCUAGCAUUUUGGUUACCUUCUACGAUAACUUUAUUGAUUCAAAUGACUGCAUUACCCUCGUUUAUGAUCGAUCAAUUAGAGGCAAUGCUGUUUCUUAUCGAUCUCAUUCCACUUUUCUUACCAAUGGUAUGUCUGAGUACACUUCCUGAUUUAACUAAGAAACUAAUUGGAAUUGUUUCAAAACGAAGAAAUGUCAUUGGUGCUGUUACUUUCAAACGUGAUAUGGCACAAACAGCGACCAUUGCUAUAGUUCCUCGAUGA